GGGACAGUCAUCCGUUAUCUCUGUGGUCGGAGCGCUUAUUUAUUUUGCUUCCACGGAAAUGUCCAUGAUGCGGAGUAAAUCCUCCUCCCUCGCCCCUCCUUCUACUUCUGCCCUCCUUUUUGCCCUCCUAUCUCAAUCGAUGGCAGUCCUACGAAUCAUUGAGGCUACACGCGCACAGGAUGAGAUUGCUGAAGAGAAGGCAAGACUCGCGAACGAAGUGGCUGCUAGUGCAGCCAGCGCUUUGCAAGCGAUCGAAGGCGUCGUGGAUGGAGGAGAACACGAGGAAGGAGCGAUUUUCAUGGGGUUCGCGAGCACGGGGCGCGAGACCAUCAGGGUGCCCCCCGCUAUGGCGAUGCCAGAUGCGCAGGAGGCAGAUACAAGGAAAAAUGGGCGAGAUUUGAGCCGCUUAGUCAUGUCCGUCAUCAAGGUCUGUCAAAGGAGCAUCUCCCAGCUCGUUCCCGCGUCCCAGAAUCCUGCUUCUUCCUCCUCCUCCCUCUUAUCCCCUUUCCUCCACCCUAUACGGGAGAGGAGGAAGGAGGAAGCUGGCGCUCCCUUGCCUGCUAUGGCGCGGAGCUCGGACGAGGGAGGUAGUCCCAGCAAGGAAAAAAGCAGCGGCGUCGCUACCCCAUUGGACCUAUUCGGGCGGCGCCGGGUCUUGGCGGGCAGAGAGAAGGAGGAUGCUUUUCACUUGGUGCAGCUGUUGGAAUGCAUCGCGCGCACGAGAAACAUCCUUUUGAAGCUUAAGAGAGAAGAGCCAAACUACUUUGGCGUCUGCGCCAAGGAAAUUUAUUUUCGAGAAAUCCGCUUGCUCGAGGUGAGCUUCCUUCCUCUCCUCCCUCCCUUCCUU